UUAACGAUUAACGGUCGACGGACCAAGCCAAGCACCGAAAAGCCAUGGAAGAAAGAAACUACCGCGUAAGCAGGAAAUUCAAAAACCGACCAAUCGGAUGCUCGGACGCAGCGUCAUCAGUGUAAACACAAUAUUGUUUAAAAGGUUCGCCACCACUUACGGUGUUUUGAUGAUAAACAGUUGAAAUUCCCUCGUUUUCGUUUAGCGCGUUUUUAUAAUUUACUGACUCCAACGAUCCCGCUCGAAUCAAAAACUUAAGAUUGUUGAUUGCAUUCAAACCGUACAAAUAACAGGUGACAAUGUUGACUAGAAGGUCGCGAAGAGAAGCUGUUGAUUCUCCGUCAGAUUCAACUACAGGUAGUAGAGUUGUUUCUCCAAAGUCGAAGACUAAAAAAGACAGUAAAAGCAAGUCUCCAUCAAAAUACAAAAAGGUUACUCCUACACGCAGUAAAAGUAAAUCUGUCGAAAGAAAAAUUCGGCCACGAUCAAGAUCUGCAGCUAAGAAGGUUCCAAAAUUGGUGUUGGAAAAAAUUGACAUUAGCGAACAAAAAGCUUCAUCCAGGCCUAAAAGAAACAAGUCGGUCGAGUCGCCAACGUUUAAGAAGAGUCCUACUCCCUCAAAAACUCAUAAUAAUUCGAGACAAAGCGAAAGCCCAUUCAAAUCUAAUGAUAUCACGACAUCUGGUUUACGUUCAAGACUGAUUCUUGAUAAAACCAUACCUCAACAACAGCCAUCAAAUAUUGCUCAAAAAUCAAAAACUACUCAAAGUACUACAGGCAAACUUGUGCUACAAACUGUGUUGGCUCUUCUCUUUAUAGCAAUCGUAGGAUUAGCGAAAAUAGCUGUUGAAACUAAAGGAAAUUUAAUUCCUUUUCCUCGAGGGUACUUAAAAUUAGCAAACUAUUACAAUGAACAAGUAUUUAUAGCGUCUACGGCUAUUGUGCUCGUUCAUUUUGUAAUUGCUUCUGUGCCGUUGUUUUGGAAAACUAACAGUCUCGGUGAAUCUGAACCAAGAUCAUAUAGAUUCUCAGGUUUCAUCAACUUGCUCCUUGUAGCUGGAAUUGUCGUAGCAAUGGUUUAUACGAAGUGUCCCAUAAUCAGCGUUUUAAAAACAAUUACAAUAAGAACCGUGCCUAAUGUUGUUGUAUCAACAUUUUGUGCUUUGUUUUUAUCGAUCGUGUUGACUGUGAAAUCCAAGUUCAUAAAUCGAGCUGUAGAUUACAAAGGUUUUUAUUAUACACUAUUAAAUGGUACAAACAACAACAAUACUUUAGGACCAAUCAAUGUGAAAUUGACGCUUUACAGAUAUUCUGCCUUAAUGACUAUUUUAUACAAUGGCUUUGUUCUUUUGAACUCUGGUCAAAAUUCUGAAAAUCUAUAUCUUUUGGCCGGAGCUCAAAUAUUUAUCUCGGUUGACAAGUUGCUGUUCGAGUACCAUUUGUUGUCGUCGUACUAUUUGCAAAGAGAAAAUGUAGGAUUUUUGACAGUCUUGCAAUACUUUUUACUACCAGCUAUCAAUUUCUUGCCGAUACAAAUUGUACUGGCAAAUCCUACUCCUGUUAAUUACAUCGUUCUUGGAUUUACUGCUGUUGGUUUUUUGGUUGGAUAUUUAAUUCAACGUGACAGUGAUCGCAUCAAGUACAAGUACAAAAGUAACACUGAACUCGCAAGAAAUCCUUCUGAACGAAACAAUGUUUUGUUUGUAAACGGAAGAAAAAUAAUUGUUGGUAGAUGUCGAUCUUUUGUACGGUUUCCAAACUAUUUGGGUACUAUAUUGGCUCAUUUGUCCCUCACUCUCGGUCUUAUUUCGAUGGAUCUGACAUUGAAUAGAUUGCAAGUGGUUUGGCCCGUGUUCUUGUAUUCAACGUACUACAUUUUGACACUAGGAUACAGAAGUAAACGAGUUGUGGACUAUUGUAAAUCUCAAUAUGGAUACUUGUGGGAAAAUGAGUAUGCUACAAAAUCUAAUUUAGUUCCAAAAAUAUUUUAAUUAAUAAUUUUUUAUUCCAUUGACAUAUACAAAUAUUGGUAAUUUAUGACAUUUAUUGAUAUUGCUCUGCCAUUUGUAUACUUAAGAUAGGUCAAAUAUUUAUUUACAUUAAUUUCGAACAAUUUCAAAAAAAUGAUUGUCAUUUUAUAUUUUCUUUCUUUUUUUCUAUUGUUUUGACUUUUUAAGAAUUAAGUCAUACCAUUUGUCCCUUAUUUUAAUUUAAUUUAAUAUUUUUUUUUUAUUAUUUACAAUGAUUGUUUACCACCUUAGGUUAAUGUCUUGUAUAAUUUAGGUACAUGUAAAUACAGAUCUCCUUCUACUUAGUUAUACUAAUGUAAUUGUAUUGUUCUAUGUAAAUUUUAAUUUGCAUAUAAAUUACAAAAUUAUUUUUGCAAGCCAUAUAUGUAUAAUUCAGCUUAG